AAAAAUGGUUGUCGCUACCAUCAAGUGUGUCGUGGUCGGUGACGGUGCCGUGGGUAAGACUUGCUUGCUCAUCUCCUACACAACCAACAAGUUCCCCUCCGAAUAUGUCCCCACCGUCUUUGACAACUACGCCGUGACCGUGAUGAUCGGCGAUGAGCCCUACACUCUCGGUCUCUUCGAUACUGCCGGUCAGGAGGAUUACGAUCGCCUGCGCCCGUUGUCCUACCCUCAGACUGAUGUCUUUUUGGUCUGCUUCUCCGUCACUUCCCCGGCCUCCUUUGAGAACGUACGGGAAAAGUGGUUCCCCGAGGUGCACCACCACUGCCCCGGUGUGCCCUGCUUGAUCGUCGGCACUCAGACCGAUUUGCGCGAUGACCCCGGUGUUCGGGAGAAGCUCGCUCGCCAGAAGAUGCAGCCGAUUCGAAAGGAGGACGGUGACCGGAUGGCCAAGGACCUCGGUGCGGUUAAAUAUGUGGAGUGCUCUGCUCUGACGCAGUACAAGCUGAAGGAUGUCUUUGACGAGGCUAUCGUGGCUGCCCUCGAGCCCGCGCCCAAGAAGAAGUCAAGGGGCUGUCGCCUGCUGUGAUCCACUCCCCCGUACAUUUUUCACAGAUACGACGGAAU